AUUACAUGCUGCUGCUGAUUCUCCAUCCUCAUCUUGUGGAGGAAGGAAGCUGCAGCCUCCUCCUCCUCUCUCUUCCUCAGCUAGUGAGCAGCUCCUCGGUGCUCUGCAGCGUCAACACAGCUGAUUAGCUAAACAAAAUACACCUGACAAAGAAGAAGCAAACAUGUCGACAGGGAGGAAAACGACGUUAAGUGAGAACACGCUCUUUGGGAUGGGAAAUCCCUUGCUCGACAUUUCAGCUGUUGUGGACAAAGAUUUCCUUGACAAGUUUGGACUGAAGCUUAACGACCAGAUCCUCGCUGAAGACAAACACAAAGCCUUGUUUGAAGAAAUUGUCAAGAGGAACAAAGUCGAGUACCAUGCCGGCGGUUCGACCCAGAACUCUGUGAAAAUUGCUCAGUGGAUGAUCCAGGAACCCCACAAAGUGGCGACUUUCUUCGGGUGCAUCGGCAGCGACCAAUUUGGGGAGAUCCUGAAGACGAAGGCAGCAGAAGCCCACGUCGACGCACAUUAUUACGAGCAAAACGAGGAGCCGACCGGUACCUGUGCCGCCUGUAUCACCGGGGACAAUAGGUCCCUUGUUGCUAACCUGGCAGCGGCAAACUGCUACAAAAAGGAAAAACACCUGGACCUGGACAGCAACUGGGAGCUGGUGGAGAAAGCCAAGGUCUAUUAUAUUGCGGGCUUUUUCCUGACCGUGUCCCCGGAGUCCAUCCUGAAGGUGGCGAAGCACGCUUCAGAAAACAACAAAAUCUUCUGCAUGAACCUCUCGGCACCUUUCAUCAGCCAGUUCUUCAAAGAGCCCUUGAUGAAGGUCAUGCCUUACGUCGACAUCUUGUUUGGCAACGAGACGGAGGCGGCCACAUUUGCCAAAGAGCUGGGCUUUGAGACAGAUGACAUUGGAGAGAUUGCAAAGAAGGCCCAAAAUCUCCCCAAGGAGAAUACGAAGAGGCAGCGAGUGGUGGUGUUCACCCAGGGCAAGGACGACACUUUUGCAACUGUUGGUGAGAAGGUGACCGUGUUCCCUGUUUUGGACAUCGACCAAAACGAUAUUGUGGACACUAACGGAGCCGGAGACGCCUUUGUGGGAGGAUUCCUCUCUGCGUUGGUCCAAGAGCACGCGUUGGAGGAGUGCAUCCGGGCUGGACACUACGCCGCCAACGUCAUCAUCAGACGGGUCGGAUGCACCUUCCCAGAGAAGCCAGAGUUUCACUGAUGCACAUUCUGUCUUUUUCCACAAGAUACUUGUAUAUGUAUGCUUUAGGAUUUGAUGUACAUUUUUUUUCUAUUUACACUGACUCACUGCAUGGGACUAAGUGCUACAGCUUGAAUAUUUUAUCAAGCUCGAAAACGCAACUCAGAUGUUUUAAUACAAUUCAAACAAUGUGCUGGUAUCGAAUAUUGGAAUAAAAUGGUUAUGUUUAAAGGAG